UUUCUUCCCCUCCGUACGUCGCGACGUGGCGUUUUCCCCCUUCUAGACGGGGUAUUUCUUCCCCUCCGUACAUCGCGACGUGGCGUUUUUCCCCUUCUAGACGGGGUAUUUUUCCCUUCCGUACGUCGCGACGUGGCGUUUUCCCCCUUCUAGACUGGGUAUUUCUUCCCCUCCAUACGUCGCGACGCGGAGUUUUUCCCCCUUCUAGACGGGGUAUUUCUUCCCCUCCGUACUUCACGAAGUGGCGUUUUCCCCCUUUUUGACAGGGUAUUUCUUCCCCUCCGUACGUCGCAACGUGGCAUUUUCCCCCUUCUAGACAGGGUAUUUCUUCCCCUCCGUACGUCACGACGUGGCGUUUUUCCCCCUUCUAGAUGGGGUAUUUUUCCCCUCCAGGUGUCGCGACAUGGCAUUUUUCCCCCUUCUAGAUGGGGUAUUUUUCCCCUCCGGAUGUUGCGAUGUGGCAUUUUUCCCCCUUCUAGACGGGGCAUUUUUAUACAGCGUCAACACGAUUCAAAUGUAUGUGUUAAUAAGGUCUUUCAAUACCUAGGCAAUGCUUUUCAAGGGCAAAGGUUUCAGUCUGUAAUGUAACAUUAUUCGUUGCUGUAUCGUGUCUCGUGUUAUUUUCUUAUUACCAUAUGACAUUAUUUUGGCUUUUACUCAUAAAAUUUGUAAGGUUUGUUUUGUCUGACAUGCUGAAUACUAUAAUUAACUGGAACAAGCGAAGUAAAAGGUAACAGUCUGUGUAAAUUUCAGUAAGCUGUAAACGUUUGUGCUAAAAGACAUUGUCAUACAUACGGAGCAGGGAAACAGGCAAAGGGAGUCAUGCAGUCGAGUAAACGAGGGAUUUAUUAGGGGUCGACACGAACAGGAACACACAACGUCAGUGGCAGGACUGGGGAAACACACUCUAACAUUGACCUAAGUACACAACAGCAAUUAACAUGACCGAACAGCUGGUAACACGGGGAUUCUACAUGGGGUAGAUGAGGGGGCGUGGCACACAAGAGGAUCGGCACGAUCGGGGCAUGACAGGAACCCCCCCCCCCCAAAGGCACGCUCUCCGGGCGUGCUUAAAGGGACCAAAGGGGCAACAGGGCACAAUGGGACAGCACCUACGGGACGUACGGGAAACAAACGCAAGAACAUUAAUGGGGCAACGAGAACAGCUAACACACCACGGGGAACGCAUACACACACACACGGACACCAAUGAUGGAAACACAGAACCAAAAGACACAGGGGAAACACAACCAGAAGACAAACACACAGGAGGGACCAAAUAGGGGGCACACCAACCAGAGGAGGGAAGGGACCAGGAGGGAACAAGGGCAGAACAGAGGGAUGGGGAACAAACACAAGGGGCAAAGAUGCAAAGGGCGGGGGGAACCAGGGAGCCGGAGGGAAUCCCGGCAAGCGGAAGGCAGGAGCAGCCGGGGCCACAGGUGACCUCGAGGCCAGAGCCGGAGGGACCCUCAGUGACCGCGAGGCAGGAGGCAGAGGUGACUCCAAAGAGGGUGAUGAGAAAAGCGAAGGGACUGCUGGAGGAGACGAGGAGGGAGGCGAAGGGGACACCGGAGGAGGGCCUACCCAGCAGGACUGCUUGCCGUGAUGCUGAUGGUAGCUACUGAAGCCAGCGUGGGCCAUAAUAACUCAUCCAGCUUCUGCUCAGAAUCAAAAGAGUGUCUGCUGUUUGACCUGGUCUGCAGGACUGCUGACUAUGAGGUACGUCACUAUGACCCUGUUAAAUGGGUGUCCACAGACGCAGAGGCCUACUUUAUGGGUGUUGGUGCUGCCAUGGCUUUCAGGAGACUCUUCAAAUAUAUCUCUGGAGCUAAUGAGGAUGGUGUGAAGAUGGACAUGACAGCUCCAGUCCUGGUGAAAAUUCCAGAGGACAGGAAGAUGUGGGAGCCUGCGAUCUACACUCUGAGUUUUCUUUUACCAUCAGAAUAUCAGGAUAACCCACCAAAUCCCACAAAUGAGAAGCUGUACUUCACGGAUAUGCCAGACAUGAAAGUGUAUGUGCGGAGCUAUGGUGGCUGGAUGCUCUCCCUGACCUCUAAGCUGCACUCACAUAUUCUGAUCAGAGCAUUGGACCGUGCACACGCUCCAUACAAUACCUCCUUCCACUACAGCCUCAGCUAUGACAGUCCCAUGAAGCUUCUCAAUAGACACAAUGAGGUGUGGUAUGUUGCUGAAGGGGAGCCAGUUUGCACCGUCCCUCAAAACCCCCCCACGGGCAGCCCUAAACCUCAGCUUUGAUCCUUUGUAUAUCAAGACCUGUUCUCCUUAUCCAGAAGAAGAUGCCAAAAGAAAAUUCUGCUUUCCCUUAGUGAGAGAGAGGAGCUGGGAAGAGCUGGAUUUGACCUGACUGGAACCUGCCUUGCUCUGAGGUGCUCUCCACAUCCAGACCUGAUCUCCUUCUUCUUCCCGUCUUUUCCCUCAUACAUACGUCUUCAUAAAAUGCUAUAAAAAGUGAUGUAGCCAGCCUGUAUUCCCCAUUACAACCACAUAAAUCCCCCAGUUCUCAGAUCUUACAUGUCAUGCUUCAAAUAAAUAUAAGAAACAUUAUGACUCUAAAGAAUUCUGGUAAAAACACUUCCAUUAAGAUCUGUAUGGUUAUGUUCUCAGACGGACUAAUACAGUGUCUUUAUAAAAUAGAUUGGUUUGGCUUUGUGUAAAAGGUGAGUUGGCAAAGGACUGCACUCCCAGGAGUCUGAGCUAUGUCAGGAUUCUUUUGAUUUGAAGAGUAAAUAGCUUGAUAAAUGUCUGUAAUUCUCUACAGUCUUAGUCAUUUUCAUAGGUUCAGGUCUGUGCCUUGAAAGUGUUCUUCAAUCCUGGCGCUCAAUGCACAGUGUAAUAGUGUAUGCAGGCUUUUGAGCUCAUACAUUAAUUUGAUUUAUCUGUUCAUUGAAUGAAUGUAACAAUUAAAAUUACACAUCAACAAA